AUGACGGAGGAAUCGAAAGCAGAAAAUGAGACCUCAAAUGAGAUAUUUAAGAACAGAAUACAUGAAUUACUCAGUGAUAUUGACUUCAUAUGGUUUUCCAAUCCCAAAAAGAAGUGGUCCUUCCUUGGCUCUCUCUUUUUCUGUUGUACUGUCUUCACAACAGUGGGUUAUGGCCAUACCUAUCCUGUGACAAGACUUGGGAAAUAUUUGUGUAUGCUGUAUGCUUUAUUUGGCAUACCUCUGAUGUUCUUAGUUCUCACUGAUACGGGAGAUAUCCUUGCAGCUAUACUAUCGAGGUCUUACAAUAAAGUCAGACAGCUACAGUCAAAACUGUUAAGCAGACUCUCUUGCGGACCUAACUGCAGAAAGAGGAGAGAGUCAAAACCAGGCUCAUCGUCGCUGAGACAAAAUAAAAUAGUGCUUCAUGAACCUUUAAAUAUUAGAGAAGUGCUACAAAACAAUCCUUCCUUUAAAAAAAAGUCUGGACAAGAUCGAAACAUUGAAAUGUUUGAAAGACUUAUUGCUAGGGAAAAUGACUUUCUUGCACCACCAAAACCGAACAGAGUUGAACGAUGUAGUUCGUGUCCUGAACUAGACAAAGGGCCCAUGAUGAAUCACGUGAUUGGCAACAUUGACAAUAUAGGGAAAGAAGUAGAAAAGCUGGAUGUACCCUUUUCAUUGAUGACUUUUAUUGUCUUUGCAUACAUUUCCUGUGCUGCUGCUAUUCUUCCUCAUUGGGAACAUGACUUGAAUUUUGAGGGUGCUUUCUAUUUUUGCUUUAUCACCUUAACAACCAUUGGUUUUGGUGAUGUCCAACUGCGGCAUCCCAACUUUUUCUUGUUCCUCUCAAUUUAUAUUGUGGUGGGCAUGGAAAUUGUGAUCAUCGCUUUCAAGCUGGGACAAGACAGACUUCUAAGUCUUUACAAAAAGCUGGUUUCCUUCAUUGGCCGGAAAAACAUUCACCAUAAAACAGUAUGACAAAAGGAGAAAUGCCAAUGCCAGUUUUGAAAUCAUGUCCACAGACAGCUGCAAGUUAAAAUGGAAGGACAAUCAUAAAGGAAUAGACGGCUUCAUGGGUAGUGGGAAGUGACUGUAUACUGCUGGAAUGACUAAUUUAUAAUGCCCACCAAGUACAGAGGGUUUGCAAGAGUUUCCUCUCUUUGCAGGAUCAAAUAGAUAGAAUAGCAUGCAGUCUACCAAGAGCAAACUCCAUAGAGCUUGAAGGAGGCUGAUGUCUCCUUUGUCAGUGAGACAGUGAAUCUGCUCUAGGGCUUCUUCCACACAAUUGUAUAAACUUGGACACUAUCUGCUUUCAACUGGAUUGUAUAGCAGUGUGGACUCAGAUAAACCAGUUCAAAGCAGAUAUUGUGGAUUAUCGGCUUUGAUAUUCUGGGCUGCGUGGAAAGGCACUGGAUUUCCUUCUGAACUUUAUAAAAGGCACUUGUGGCACCAAAUCCUGUGCCCAAAAUAGUUAAGUAUCUAAAGCAUCUAUGCUGUAGAGUAAAUGUAGUUUGACACCACUUUAACUGCCAUGGCUCAAUGGUCUGGACUUUGUAGUUGGUGAGGCACCAAUACUCUUUGACUGAGAUGACUAAAUACCACUAAAACUCAUGAUUCCAGAUAACUGAGCCAUAACAAUUAAAGUGGUAUCAAUCUACAUUCAUUCUAUGCUGUAGAUACAAUGAAAAUACCAUACCUAUAACAAUUGUAAUAAAAUAGCAUUAAGCAAACAAUUGACUGAUUUAUUUUAAAUAAAUGACUAGAAUUGUUUAAAACUCUGGGGAGAAAAAAAGAGUAUAACUUGAUGCCUAAAACUCACUGGGCUAGCACAGACAUAUCUGCCCAAGUAGGGCAUUUCACAGAUAGGUGCCAUUGCAUGAAAGGCCCUGUCGCUAUUUAUUAUCUGAUUUAACUCAAUAAAGAGAGAAUAAUGAUCUUACAAUGUGAGCAGGAUUGUGUAGGAGAAAAAUCAGAGUUUGGAAACAUUUCUUUUUGAACUACAAUUCCCAGACUACCUCAACCAGAUAAACUUUGUCCCAAGAUGGCAAAUCAGAUGGCAAAAAAGAGGGAUGUUCAUUAAAGAUUUCCCCUGACCCACUUCCCAUGGACUGAGAGCAACAAAACUUGGCACAAUUAUUAGUCCUUCUCUACAUAGGUGCCAUCUAGGGACACACACUUCUCCCAUCUUUUUAAGCAGCUGUAGACAAAUUGCUUGAAGAAGUCAACAGAUUGCUCCAAAAGCCAAGUUGUGACUUCAGAAAUCAGAAUCUCAUCAUAUGAAAAAUGCUUCAAAAAUAACUUCAUUGUUGGAAAGAGGUGGAAGUCCGAUGGUGCAAGGUCAGUGAAUAAGGGGAAUGCGGUAGAAUUUCAAAGCCAAAGGAGCAUGCUUCCAUUUGGGCAACAUGUGAAUUGUGAACUGGUGCAUUUCUUGCAGUAGGUGCACACCUUUGGUAAGCAUGUCCCGUCUCUUGGUUUUGAUGGCCUCCCACAAUUUCCACAUUGAUCAUGGUACCAGUGAUCAUGAUACCCUUUGCUAGGAAAUCCAUCAAUACUAUUUAGUGUUGGUCCCAAAAUACUGUGAGCAUGACCUUGCCUGCUGAGAGUUGGGCAUGUGCCUUCUUUGGAGGUGGUGAGUCAUGAUGCUUCCAUUGCAUCGACUGGACUUUAGUCUCAGGAUCAUAGUGAUGGACUUAGCUUUCAUCCUAUGUGAUCAGUCUGUUGGAAAAGUCGUCCUGGUUUCCAUGGCACAUCGUCAAUAGAGCCUGAGAGCAUUCAACUUGUUCCUGCUUCUGGAAAGCAGCCGGGGAACCCAGUGAACUGUUAACUUAUGCAUUUGAAGAUGGUCUUGGGUGAUUUUUUUCCAUGGACCCCACACUAAUCUUGACAUUUUGUGCUAGAUGGUGAAUGGCUACUCAACAAUUUUCCAAAAUGAUGAUUUCCACUUGCAGGAUGGUGUGUUCCUCAAUAGCGGGGUGGGGUCACCCUGGAAUUGAAGCUGUUUGCACAGAAGUCUGACCAUAUUUGAAUUGACGACGCCAGUUCUUGACUACAUCUUAUGAUGGGGAAUAAUCACCCUAAACCUCUUUCAUCUCAUCGAACAUCUCCUUUGGUGUGUGGCUCUUCAAGUAAAGGAACUUGAUGACUGCUCUGUAUUGUACUGGGUCCAUUAUCAAACCUCACACCACUUCAGCACCAGUAAAAUCAAGACCGCUAUCAGUUCUGAGUUGUAAAUAGGCAUAUAACCUAUAGAGACUUAUAUCAUUAUACAUGUGCAGUUUCAACAUCCUGUGAUAAAUAGAAGUGGUCAGGAGGAGCUUUAAUGAAUGCCCCUCGUACAUCAAAAGCAAUUGGGUAUUAAAUAUCAAUGCUAGGAUCAGAACAAGAAUAACUUUCAAGGCUUGGUCCUAAAUUCCUCAAGGCAGUAAAUACUAAAAUAUUCAUGUUGAAUGCCACUCCCUGAUCUUGAGAAUUAGCCAUGCAAUAUCCUUGUAACUUUUCAGGAAUAAACUUCAGUUUAUUGCCCCUCAGCUAUCUCAUAGUGCUUCUGACAACUUCAACCAGCUUCAGAGGUCAAGAAAAAAAACAGGAGCCUUCAGAAAGAGAAAUGUAAAAAUCCAGCAGUGUCCAUUAUGAACUUAUCAUAUGCUCCCCAACAUGUUUCACAGAAGUGUAGUGAGAGAGAUGCCUUCAAUAAAACUCCUGUGGAGGAAAUUGGUAAACAGAUAGAAAACCAAGGCAUUGUGGUUCAGAAGAUUCCAGACCAUUGAAUAAUAGUCCAAAGAUUCAAGCAGUUUGCACGAAAGGCAACAACAGUUUCUGUAAUGUUUUCUAUAGCUGGUUAUCUUAGAAUACUAAUACACUUGAGAGUGGGAAUAUGUUAUUUUUCGUUCUAUGUGUGGUUUGUAUGAGAAAAGGACCCCAAAAGAAAGGAAGAGUGGCGUAUACUUCAGGUUUCUCUCCUAUUCUUCCAGUUUCAUCUUAGAUUUACUACCAUUGAUGCAAAAGUUUGCACUCAACUAAUUCAGCAUGACGGAAGGAGAAAAGGGGGUGCAAUCUUUCCUUUCCCAGUGGGCAAACUGCUCUGGUAUAGCUUAGCUACAGUUCAUUAUGUAUGACUUUUUGCCAUUUUCACCAUCCACUGAUUUUGGUUGGCCAGAGAUGUCCUGUUUGUCUUCUGCUAAAUGUUGGAGGGUAUGCCAAAGUAAAAGUAACCAAACAUACCAGAGAAUCUGGGGAUGUAGAAAUGAAGAAAUUGUGAGAAAAUUUGAAUGAAUCAUUAUUUGUAUCAGAUUCUGGUCUGUUUCUAUUUUCUUGCAAAGUGGUGUGACUUCACUGUGUAUUACAUUAUGCUGGUAAUAGAUGGGUUGCAUGUAUUUUUAUGCUACUAAUAGCUUUUCUGUUUUAUAGGGAUGAGAGGUCCUCACUCUUCCUUGAGCUGGUGAAUUGGAACAUGCCUGAGAGCCAAACACCA